UGCCCUGAUCAUGUUUGCUCAGUAUGUGCAAGGAGGCACGUUUGGCAAAGCAGUUCAAAUGGCUGAAGAUGUCACAGACCUUGCCAGAAGGUGUGCUGCUGCAGACAGAGACAACCCGGAUUGCCUGAAGCCUUUGGACAGGAUUUUCCUCGAUACAAUAUGCCAGGAGGAAAAUCUUCCCAGGUUUCAUGACUGCUGUGCUAAAAAGGAUCCUGAACGAAAUGACUGCUUCCUCUCCCUUAAAAAUUCAUCAAGAGGGUUCAGUUCUCCUUUUGAAAGGCCAAAUGCUGAAGCUGCCUGCAGAAACCAUUCACAGCAUCAACAUUCGUUAACAGGAUAUUUUAUUUAUGAGGUAUCCAGAAGGCAUCCUUUUCUCUAUGCCCCAACAAUCCUUUCUGUCGCUAUCCGUUAUGAUGAGAUGAUGAAGAACUGCUGCGGAAGUGCUGAAGACCCCACCCAUAACUUGGAGGAAUGCUUUCAGAGACAGGCACCCAAGGUGGUGAAGCCAGUAAAAGAAGACGGCCUGAGGCAGGAACACACAUGUGGAAUCUUGAAAAAGUUUGGAGAAAGGACCUUAAAGGCUCUGAAACUUGCUCAGAUAAGCCAAAAAUUCCCUAAAGCUGAUUUUGUUACCGUUAACAAACUUGUGACUGAUAUUGCUAACAUGCACAAGGACUGCUGUCAUGGAGAUAUGCUGGACUGUAUGCAUGACAGGGAAGAGAUUCUACACUACGUCUGCACCAACCAAGACAUCUUAUCAAGUAAAAUUAAGAAGUGCUGUGAAAAGCCCCUGUUACAGAGAAGUGAAUGCAUAGUUAAUGCAGAAAAUGACGACAAACCUGCAGACUUGUCCCCCCACAUCAAGGAGUUUAUAGAAGACAAAGGAAUAUGUGAACGUUUUGCCCAGGAAAAAGACACACACUUAGCCAGGUUUCUGUAUGAAUAUUCCAGGAGGCACCCUGAAUUUUCUGCGCAAAUGCUUUUAAGAAUUGGUAAAGGAUAUGAGGACCUACUGAAAGAGUGCUGCAAAACCAGUUCUCCAGAGGACUGCUGCAGGAGAGGGGAGGAAGAACUGAAGAAGCAUAUUUAUGAAACUGAAAGUGUGAUGAAGACGAGCUGUGACAUUUACAAGGAGAAAGGAGAUUACUAUUUCCAAAACGAGUAUAUAAAAUUCACCAAGCAAAUGACUACCAUUGGCUCCAAAUGCUGCCAGUUAAGCCAGGACAAGCUACUGCCUUGCACUGAGGAAAACGUGAGUAUUUUUAUUCUUAGCUUGCUGGAUCUCGUGCUUGGAGAAAUAUGCAGAAGACACCUGGCCAACCCCAUAAACCCAGGCGUCUGCCACUGCUGUAGCAGCUCCUACGCUCUUCGGAGGCCAUGCAUAGGCAAACUAGAAAUUGAUGAGAAUUAUGUGCCCUUAUCAUUGACUCCUGGUCUGUUCACUUUCCACGAAGACUUGUGUACGACUGAAGAGGACAAGUUACAGCACAAGAAGCAGGAGUAAGACAUACCUGGCUUGCUUUGCUUUCCCUGCAGAAUGCUCAUCAACCUCAUCAAGUACAAGCCCCUGAUCACACAGGAACAGCUGGCCUCUGUCACGGCAGCCUUCACUGCCAUGAGGGAACAGUGCUGCAAUGAGGAAAACCGCGAGGCGUGUUUCGUGAGAGAGGUAUUGUGUCUGCUUUCACCUAGGCAUUCUGAAUCAAAACAGAAAUACGGAGCAUACACAAAAGCGCCCCAUUAA